CAGCUUCAUGGUCCUAAGCUUGAACAAGCAAACAAGCAAACAAGCUGAUUACAAUGUCUUCUUCAAGUUUUGCCUCCCUUCUUUAUCUGUUAGCCUUUGUUUUCCUUCUCCAAACAGCUUUUGGAGCUGACCCUCUCUUCCAUUUUUGUUCAAACUCAGGGAAUUUCUCUGCCAUUGACCCUUAUGAAGCAAACUUAAACAAGCUCACUGCUUACCUCUCCAUUCAAGCUCCUCCUUCAGGUUUUGGGCUUGGUACCAUAGGCGAGAUGCCAAACCAAGCAUAUGGCCUUGCCCUUUGCAGAGGCGACGUGUCAACACCAGAUUGCAAAACCUGUGUUGUUGAAGCAGGCAGUGAAAUCCGGAAACGCUGCCCUUACAACAAAGGUGCAAUUAUCUGGUAUGAUUACUGUCUUUUGAAGUAUUCAAACAAUGAAUUCUUUGGCCAGAUCGAUAGACAAAACACGUUCUACAUGUGGAACUUGAAGGUUGUGAGUGACCCCCAGUCAUUCAAUCAGAAGACUAAGGAACUGCUGAGUCAAUUGGCCAAUGAAGCUUAUGCAACUCCAAAACUGUAUGCCACUGGAGAGAUGGAACUCUACGGAUCACAGAAACUUUAUGGAUUGACUCAGUGCACGAGAGACCUUUCCAGCAGUGACUGUAAGAAGUGCCUUGACGAUAUAAUUGGUGAUCUUCCAAGCUGCUGUGAUGGAAAAGAAGGAGGUAGAGUUGUUAGCGGCAGCUGUAACUUCAGAUAUGAAAUAUACCCUUUUGUUAAUGCUUAAACCUUUGUUAAAAAAAAAAAACUAGCAGAACACAAGUACUAUGAAUAAAUAAUGUUUGCAACAUUAAAUAUCAUAUAUUAGUAUGGGAAUAGGUUAUUUCCCAUCAUUGUAAGCUUCAUGUUUCAUCACUGAGUAAUACUAAAUAAAACUUUUGUUGCAUGCAUAAAUAUAUUAUAUAAUACUUGUUAUCUUUAUAUAUCCUUCUGAGAAUGAUGGAAGCAGAACAGAAGUUUUUCUUGGA